CUUCGUAGAAACCAGAGAGCGAGCAAGAGCUGAAACAGUGAGCUGUAGUGGUGGUGGGUGUUGACAUUUCUGAGAAGUGAAAAACCCACAAGAGGAUCAGAAUCAGAUCAUGUAUGUGACUAGGCCUCUCUCUUUUUACAGAAAAUCUCCUGAUUCUCUGUCCUUGAAUCCUCCUGAAGGUCCCCAUUCUGGGAUUCUGGUGAUUCAAGAUGAACAUGAAGUUAAACCGUCUUCUUCGUCUUGUUUCGGAGAAUUCCAUCAGCUCAAGGAGCUUCCUUUUCCUCAGAACAAGAGCAUUGAGCUGUUUUACAGAUCAGGGAUUUCUCUGAACAGAGCUACCCAUUAUCGCCACGUGGCCUUCAUUCCAGUUCUUGAUCAGCCACUGUCUUCCAAUCGCUACUAUGUCAUACAGCUCAACGAGAGGCAUAGAGGGGAGGCAUAUACCAGCAUAGAUGAGGAAGAAUUGGAGACCUUCUGUUUCUAUAAUUCUGUACCAGUUGAACCUCAUUGUCAAUUAGAUAUCAGUAACGAACACCAAGUGUUUGAGGUAUUUCCUAGACGAAGCAAGAUUACUUUCAGGAAGGGUUUCUCUGCUAAACCUCUUGCUCCAAACACAUUUGCUCCGAAGUUUCUCAGCGCAAGGUGGAGAGUGAAAGCCUCAGAUACAUUUGAUUCGAGCUUAGGAGAAGCAGCCGGAGUGGACAACACCCUUCGCACUCGCCUGCCGGAAUUCAACUUCUCCUUGGCAAACACAAGUUCAGAAUCUGCUGUUGUGGGAAAAUGGUAUUGCCCCUUGAUGUUUAUCAAAGAAGGAGCACAUAGAACAUUGAGAGAUGAAAUGAGAAGAUCAAUGUUCUAUGAGAUGACUCUGGAACAAAGAUGGGAACAACUUUUCUCGUGUGAGAAUGAUUGUGGAACAGAAAACAAGACUGUGCUUGUGGAUGCUGUACUUCAGAAAGAAAAGGUUAUAGUAGCAGAAAGGGAAGUUCUAACUGAUGAAAAGGAAGUUGAAGGUCUCAAGCGGUUCAGGAGUUAUAAUAACAUUGGGGAAGAGACCAGUGUAGGAUUGAGUACAGCAAUAAUUGAAAGAAUGAAAUGGGAACAAGAAAGAUUUGGGUGGAUUGAAGGGAAAGAAAAGCAAGUUAGGAUUCAGAAAACAGAAGAAUUCAAAGGGACAAGUGAAUGGAAGAGAUUUGGAUGUUAUGUUCUUGUUGAAAGUUUUGUGCUGAAAAGAUUGGAUGGAAGCUUAGUACUUAACUAUGAGUUCAAGCACCAUCAUCAGAUUAGAAGUAAAUGGGAAUGAAGGAAAAUGAAAAGAUUUCUGUUUCUGCCAUUGUUUUUUUAGACCAGACCAAACUUUCUUUCUUGUUAUCAAGUGUACAUUCGCAAAAAAAGUUUUGGAGUCCUAGUGUUGUAUACUAAGUAUUCAGUUUUGUUUGUGUUGUUGUUGACGAAGUAGAGGGUUUGUUUAUUCAUUUAGUUUUGCAGUAUAUUCUAUUUGAAUAUUCAUAAAAAUUUUAAGGAUAAA